GUUACAAACGUCACAUCUUUGAUAUUUUAUUUUUAAAUAAUUAUUUUACCUUAUUUCCUUUAAUAUUUCAUUAAUAAUUAUCUUCUUCUAAUUGGUUUACCCAUUUUCCCCUUUAAAAAUCGGUUGGCGCUCUCUUCUAUUACCCUCUUUUAUUAUCUUCUAUUUAAUAUAUCUCUUUCAUUUAAAUCAUCAUACUGAACAUACCUCGUAUAUUCAUACUCUCCAAAUAUCUGUAUUUUCAAUACGGAACAUGCCGCUACUUCAUAGUACUUGGUUGUCAUUUUAAACGUCGUUUUCAAUGACAGUGUCACUUCAUCGACUUGACCCCCUACUCCCUGACAUACACUGGAAGGGAAAAAUUAAUCCUUAAAAAGGCAUGUAAUUCGAAAAAUAAAUCAUUUCUAUUUCAACAAAUCAUCUUCCUCUUGGGGUGAGCUACAAAUAGUUUUUUUAAUAAUUUCUUACAGUGAUUAUAUUUCUCCGUCUAACAGUUUUUCUAAUUGUUUUUUAUCUAACCUAACUUCCAAUGUCAGACCAUGUGUUCUGAUAUUUUAGUUUCAAAUAUAAUUAUCUUUUAAUUUACAUGUAUGCACGUUUAGUAAUCAGAAUUUUAACUAUUCUCAUCUAAAUUUCAUUUGAUUUAUUCUUGUCAUCUGCUACUCUUUCUGACGAUUAGAACGGCAGAUGGCACACGUUGGUUUUUCUUCUUGAUGAUUGAUAUGUGUCUCUAUUUUAUAGUUUUUUGGAAAGAAACCACUUUUCUCCCUCCGGGAGUUUCAACAACCCUCAAAUCGCCGGCGAUACAACAACGAGGACCAUGUCAUCAGGGCUGCAACCACAUAACCAAGACUGCAACGACCAACAUCCGUAGGCCUGGUGGAAUACAACACCUACAACCCCAGAGCCCGUUGCAGAACCAGCAGCAAUACCAUACGACAUCAAGAAGAUACCUUCAGCUACCAAAAGCCAUAAGUAUAAUCCAGAAUUUUUUUUGGAAAGAAACCACUUUUCUCCCUCCGGGAGUUUCAACAACCCUCAAAUCGCCGGCGAUACAACAACGAGGACCAUGUCAUCAGGGCUGCAACCACAUAACCAAGACUGCAACGACCAACAUCCGUAGGCCUGGUGGAAUACAACACCUACAACCCCAGAGCCCGUUGCAGAACCAGCAGCAAUACCAUACGACAUCAAGAAGAUACCAUCAGCUACCAAAAGCCAUAAGUAUAAUCCAGAAUUGUUAGUUUUUGGCAAGAAUUUAAAUACAUUUGUUAAUGCAAUUUACUAAGUCAUUUUAUUUAUUAUAUCUUUAUGAACAAUAAACAUGAUUAGUUAAAAACUA